AUGUAUGUAUCGCGAGACGAAAUUAUAAACAAACAGUGGAAAACCUUAAAGAUUGACUCCGUGUGGGGCUGGGCUUCGCCCCCGCUGCGCUUGCAGCUGGGAAACGCGCGCGGGCACAAAAGGAUGGGAGAAGGCGGUUCUCCCGGGGGCGGCGUGGGGGGUGGAGCCCGAUUGUCCCACACGUCGGAGAAGCACCCUCGGUCCAUUCUAGGCGAGCUGUCCGCUCUCAGGCGGCAUCGGGAACUUUGCGAUGUUGUGCUGAACGUGGCCAAUAGAAAGCUCUUUGCACACAGGGUUAUCUUGUCAGCGUGCAGUCCCUACUUCCGCGCGAUGUUCACCGGAGAGUUGGCGGAGUCCCGCGCCACCGAAGUCACCAUUCGCGACGUGGACGAACACGCUAUGGAACAGCUGAUCGAGUUCUGUUAUACCGCCCACAUUGUCGUCGAGGAGAGCAAUGUUCAGGCGCUGCUGCCCGCUGCCUGUCUGCUACAACUGCAAGAAAUCCAGGACGUGUGCUGCGAGUUCCUCAAGCGGCAGCUCGACUGCUCCAACUGCCUCGGCAUCAGGGCCUUCGCAGACACGCACUCCUGUCGGGAACUACUGCGGAUCGCUGACAAAUUUACACAACAGAAUUUUCCAGAGGUGAUGGAGAGCGAGGAAUUCCUUCUGCUACCAGCGGCUCAGCUGAUCGACAUAGUAUCCUCCGACGAGCUGAACGUCCGCUCCGAGGAGCAGACCUUUCAAGCUGUUAUGUCCUGGGUCAAGUACAACGUCGCUGAGAGGAGGCAGCAUCUUGCGCAGGUGCUGCAACACGUGAGACUGCCAUUGCUUAGCCCUAAGUUUCUCGUGGGAACGGUCUCUGCGGAACUGUUGAUACGCGCCGAUGACGCUUGCCGUGACCUCCUCGACGAAGCCAAGAACUACUUGCUGUUGCCGCAAGAGCGACCUCUCAUGCAGGGACCGAGAACGAGGCCGAGGAAACCCACUCGAAGAGGAGAAGUGUUAUUUGCCGUGGGUGGGUGGUGUUCCGGCGACGCUAUUGCCUCCGUGGAGCGAUUCGAGCCAGCCAGCGGCGACUGGAAGAUGGUCGCGCCCAUGAGCAAACGACGCUGCGGCGUAGGCGUGGCCGUGCUCCACGACCUACUAUACGCCGUGGGCGGUCACGACGGCCAGAGUUAUCUCAACAGUAUCGAGAGAUACGACCCCCAAACGAACCAGUGGUGCGGUGCGGUCGCUCCGACGUCGUCUUGUCGCACGUCGGUGGGCGUGGCCGUGCUCGAGGGAGCCCUAUACGCGGUAGGGGGACAAGACGGGGUCCAAUGCCUCAAUCAUGUCGAGAGAUACGACCCCAAGGAGAACCGAUGGACCAAAGUGGCCGCCAUGACGACUCGGCGGCUCGGAGUGGCCGUAGCGGUGUUGGGCGGGUACCUCUACGCGGUGGGCGGAUCCGACGGACAGUCGCCGCUCAACACGGUGGAAAGGUACGAUCCGCGGGCGAACAAAUGGACGGCGGUGGCGGCGAUGUCGACGCGGCGCAAGCACCUCGGCUGCGCCGUGUACGACGGACAGAUCUACGCGGUCGGCGGAAGGGACGACUGCACUGAGCUCUCCUCGGCAGAACGAUAUGAGCCAUCGACAGACACGUGGUCGCCCGUGGUGGCGAUGACGUCACGACGGAGCGGAGUCGGACUCGCCGUAGUCAACGGACAACUCUACGCGGUCGGAGGCUUCGACGGAACCGCCUAUCUCAAAUCUAUCGAAGUCUAUGACCCCGAGUCGAACCAGUGGCGACUUUGCGGCGCCAUGAACUACCGGCGCCUCGGGGGCGGCGUCGGCGUUAUGCGAGCUCCACAUCAUGACAAUCAUUACAUAUGGAACCGAAAAGACUCCGUGGUGCGUGAAACCGCUAAAGAUGCUCGUGUCAAAUUAAAUAACUCGCAGGGCGGAAUCCCAUUGCGUUGUUUCGGAGACAUCUUUUGGUGUGAUUUAAUUGAAAAAUCUGAAAGACCGAUGAUUUUACCAAAAACAGUAUAA